AUGGGAGCAGCCAAUCAAAUCGCUGGGCAGCUAUGGGAGCAGCCAAUCAGAGCUCAGCUUCCCCCACCCCUCCCCCUGACCACGCCCCCGGCCACGCCCCUGGCGCCACUCUGUGACGUCACAUCAAGAUCAUUGACACCGAUUAAUCAGUUGUUGUUAACAUUGAGAUUUUAUGCAACGGGUAAUUUUCUGCGUGCUUGUGGUGAUUUUAGUGGAGUAAGCAUUAGUACUGCUUCCCGAGUCAUCGCAAAAGUAUCCAUGACCAUUGCUUCAUUAUCAGCAACAAGGAUUAAUAUGCCUGAAUCUAAUGAGGAAAUUCGUACAAUGCAACGGGCAUUUUAUGAGAUGUACAAAUUCCCAAGGGUAAUUGGAUGUAUCAAUGGAACACAUAUUAGAAUACAAUCUCCUGGAGGUGAACACGCAGAAGAGUUUAGAAAUCGAAAAGGAUAUUUUUCUCUUAAUACCCAAGUUGUUUGUGAUCAUAAAAUGAGAAUUAUAGACAUUGUGGCUAGGUGGCCGGGCUCUGUUCAUGAUGCAACAAUCUUCCAACACAGUCGAUUGCACCGAAAAUUGGAGGAAGGCACGUUUAAUUCCGGAAUAUUACUUGGUGAUGGUGGAUAUCCAGUGAAGAAAUAUCUUCUCACUCCUCUUUUACAUCCAACUACUGCAGCCGAAAAUCUGUACAACAAUGCUCACAUACGAACGAGGAACAUUGUUGAACGGGUAUUUGGAGUAUGGAAGCGUCGAUUUCCAGUUUUAAGUUUAGGUAUGAGAGUUAAAAUGGAGACUGUGCAAGACAUCAUCGUAGCUACAGCAGUUCUACACAACAUAGCCAGAAAUCACAAUGAAAAAGAACCUCCUGCGUGUUGCGAUUUGCCUAACGAGGAAAUUGGAGAUAAUAAUGAGAAUCAAUUGGGAAUUCAAGUAGGAGACAAUAAUGUCAGACAAGCACUUAUCGAUGAGUAUUUUUCAAGAUUACGGAACUAG